GUUCAAUUAGAGGUUCUUUGCCUAAAACAGACUAUAUAAAACAAGAAUUAUUAAAAGAAUACAAAUGAAAAAAUGUCUCACGAAAUAAAAAGUGAGGAUCUUACUUUAAAAUUAGAGGUAUCAAAACCCAGUGAGAGAGCUCAGAACAAGGCUUUACAGGAACUUAGAGAAACAUCCGAAAAUAUACAAACGGGAUUAAAAGAAUUGAAAAAAUUAUUACAAGCUGAAUCUGAAUUAAAUAUACCCAAGACUAAUGACGAAUGGUUAAUGAAAUUUUUAAGAGUUAGUCAUUUUUAUGCAGAAAGUGCUAGAGAUUUGAUUCGACGUUACUAUAACCUACAAAGUAAAUAUAAUGAAAUAACAAAUUUCCUAAUACCCAGUAAAUUGAAAGCUAUAUUUGAAGCUAAUCUGGUCUGCAUACUACCUCAACGUGAUCAACAGGGUCGUCGCAUAGUAGUGUCCCUAGGUGGCAAACAAUGGAACCAUAAACUUAUCUCCAUAGAUGAUGUCUUUAGCGCCAGUACUUUAUGCAGUGAGCUAUUGCAAUUGGAACCGGAGACUCAAAUAAAUGGUAUUGUCUAUAUAAUGGAUAUGCAGGGUUUAACAUUGGGUCGUGCCUUACACUAUACACCCUAUAGGACUAAACGUCUUCUGGACUAUAUACAAAGUAAUAUACCUUUAAGGAUCAAAGGUUUUCAUGUAGUCAAUCAACCGAAAAUCUUUCAACCGAUUUAUGCUGCUGCCAAACCGUUUUUUACCACAAAAUUUGCCAAACGUAUAGUUUUACAUGGUUCCAAUUAUGAGUCUUUACAUCGGUAUAUAUCACCCGAAUGUUUGCCAGAAUGUUAUGGCGGUUUUAUAAAGACAGAAUUGAUGUGUGGUCGUGAAACCUAUGAGUUGUUGUCGAACCAUGAGAAAUAUUUUGAAAGUUUACAAACGUAUGGUUUUAAAAGGUCUUUAGCAAUACUGGAGUAGUAGGGAGGGACUGAAAUAUAUAGAUUUUAAGGAAUGUUAUAUUAUAUAUUAAUGAUACAAUAAA